AUAUCUUAAUUUGAACUAUAAUGCAUACACGAAUAGUCAGUAGCUCACACGAUAGCCUGCGAAACACGCGGAAUUACACUAGUCCCCAUAAGAGAGAGAGAGCCAUAAGAGAGUGAGAGAACGGCACCGGCGGCGGCAGUAGAAGAAGAGGAGGAGGAGAGAACUGCUACGACUCACUCCCUCUCUCCAAUCCCUGUUGAACGUCACGACCUGGUGUUGUGCUUUGGAUUAAGGUAGCACUAUGGCUGGUGGCGGGGCCAAGACUUCAACUACCAACACGAACACUAGGAAAAAGAAGGAAGUCAAAAAAGAGACCGGUCUGGGUCUGUCCGCCAAGAAGGAUGACAACUUUGGGGAGUGGUAUUCUGAGGUUGUGGUCAGUGGCGAACUGAUUGAGUAUUAUGACAUAUCUGGCUGUUAUAUCCUACGGCCAUGGACAAUGUCUAUUUGGGAGAUCAUGCAAGCCUUUUUUGAUGCAGAAAUUAAGCAGAUGAAGAUCAAGAACUGCUAUUUCCCUCUUUUUGUGUCCCCUGGUGUUUUGCAGAAGGAGAAGGAUCACAUAGAGGGUUUUGCUCCUGAGGUUGCCUGGGUCACAAAAUCAGGCCAAUCUGAUUUAGAGGUGCCUAUUGCCAUUCGUCCUACAAGUGAAACUGUUAUGUAUCCCUACUAUUCUAAGUGGAUAAGAGGACACCGCGACUUGCCUUUGAAACUUAACCAGUGGUGCAAUGUUGUUAGAUGGGAGUUCAGCAAUCCAACUCCAUUUAUCAGGAGUCGUGAGUUUCUUUGGCAGGAGGGGCAUACAGCGUUUGCUACAAAGGAGGAGGCAGAUAAGGAGGUUCUUGAAAUAUUGGAACUGUAUAACCGGAUUUAUGAAGAGUACUUGGCUGUUCCAGUUAUAAAGGGCAAGAAAAGUGAGCAUGAGAAGUUUGCCGGUGGACUUUAUACAACUAGUGUUGAGGCUUUUAUUCCAAACACUGGUCGUGGGAUCCAAGGUGCAACUUCACACUGUUUGGGGCAAAAUUUUGCAAAAAUGUUUGAGAUAAACUUCGAAAAUGAUAAAGGUGAAAAGGCUAUGGUCUGGCAGAAUUCCUGGGCCUACAGUACCAGAACGAUUGGAGUGAUGGUGAUGGUUCAUGGGGAUGAUAAAGGCUUGGUGCUGCCACCAAAAGUAGCUGCUAUCCAAGUUAUUGUGAUUCCCGUUCCUUACAAAGAUGCUGAUACUAAAGGGAUCUAUGAUGCCUGUGAUGCAACUGUGGAAACCUUGACUAAAGCAGGUGUUCGUGCUGAAGCGGACUUCAGGGAUAAUUAUUCACCCGGUUGGAAGUACUCACAUUGGGAAAUGAAAGGUGUUCCUCUUAGGAUUGAAAUAGGACCUAAAGAUCUUGCCAAUGAACAGGUACGUGCCGUUCGCCGCGAUAAUUCAGCUAAAAGUGAUCUCCCAAUGGCCAGUUUGGUUGAACAUGUAAAAGAUAUGCUCACUAGUAUCCAACAAAGUUUGUUUGAUGUCGCGAAACAAAAGCGAGAUGCCUGCAUUCAGGUUGUGAAAACUUGGGAUGAAUUUGUUGAAGCACUGAGCCAUAAAAAAAUGAUCUUGGCUCCUUGGUGUGAUGAAGAGGAGGUGGAGAAAGAUGUGAAAGCACGUACAAAAGGUGAGAUUGGAGCUGCUAAGACACUCUGUUCUCCCUUUGAACAGCCUGCACUAGAUGAAGGUACAUUGUGUUUUGCCUCAGGCAAACCAGCCAAGAAGUGGACCUACUGGGGGCGAAGUUACUGAUUAUCAAUUCGACUGUCUUCUCUCUUUUGUUUUGCAACUUGUGCAUGUCCUGGAUUUUGAUAAUUUAGGUUUGACAUCUGGGUUUAGUGAUUGGAGCGCCCAUUAAGAUUAUGCUCUCCUCUCUCUGCUUUUCGAAGAAGCUACGGGAGGUUGGAUGAGCGAGCAUUCCUGUUAUGACUUGAGUUACCCUCGUAUCGUAUCUGUGAUUUUGACGUUUACGUUUUUAUUUUUUACUUGAUACUAAUUGGCACGUUGACAGUUUAUAAUCUCUACUUGAUAAAUGACGGUGUUAUUUUCUUGAAAGAAA